GGGAGAGGGUGGGCGGGACGUGCAGCCACUUAAGGCGGAGUUCGGCAACCCGGUCCGGCGGAGCUAGUAGAGCCGGGUACGGGGCUGGUACCCAUCGCUCCUUUCCCUAGAGUAUUCGGUUCUAGUCCCUUGGUGGGGGGUCACCCAGUCCGGGGGCAUGAAGGAGAAGCCUCAGGGUCGCAGCCGCGUUGUCCAGCUGCGGACGUCGCUGUGAGCACCGGGCGCAUCACCCACCUGCUGCCCAGCGGAGAAGAAAUGGCCAACUGACCAGAAGCCCCUGUGAGGACAGAUAUUCGCUCCUCCUGGGGCCGGUGCCAUGGCGCUGCGGGUGAGCCUGGUGCCCGUGUGCUGCCUGGCACUCCUGGCUCUCCUGGCACUGCCCACCAGGAGCUGCGGACCCGGCCGGGGUCCUGUGGGCAGACGCCGCUACGUGCGAAAACAACUUAUACCGCUGCUCUACAAGCAGUUCGUGCCCAGCGUGCCAGAGCGGACCCUUGGAGCUAGCGGGCAGCCGGAGGGCAGAGUGGUCCGGGGGUCCGAGCGCUUUCGAGACCUGGUGCCCAACUACAAUCCGGACAUCAUCUUCAAGGAUGAGGAGAACAGCGGGGCGGACCGCCUCAUGACCGAGCGAUGUAAGGAACGAGUGAACUCGUUGGCUAUCGCGGUGAUGAACAUGUGGCCCGGAGUGCGCUUGCGGGUAACCGAAGGCUGGGACGAGGACGGCCACCACGCUCAGGACUCGCUGCACUACGAAGGCCGGGCCUUGGACAUAACCACGUCCGACCGCGACCGGAAUAAGUACGGCCUGUUGGCACGCCUGGCAGUGGAGGCUGGCUUCGACUGGGUCCACUACGAGUCCCGCAACCACGUGCACGUGUCUGUCAAAGCUGACAACUCUCUGGCGGUGCGGGCAGGGGGCUGCUUCCCGGGAAAUGCCACGGUGCGUCUGCGGAGCGGGGAACGGAAGGGACUGCGUGAACUGCACCAUGGCGAUUGGGUGCUGGCUGCAGAUGCCACGGGCCGGGUGGUCCCUACGCCGGUGCUGCUCUUCCUGGAUCGGGACUUGCAGCGCCGGGCCUCUUUUGUGGCGGUGGAGACCGAGAGGCCCCAGCGCAAACUGCUCCUCACCCCCUGGCACCUGGUCUUUGCCGCGCGCGGUCCGGCGCCUGCCCCAGCCGACUUCGAGCCAGUGUUUGCGCGUCGACUGCGUGCUGGUGACUCGGUACUUGCCCCGGGUGGGGAUGCCCUUCGACCGGCGCGCGUGGCCCGUGUGGCAAGGGAGGAGGCUGUGGGUGUGUUCGCACCUCUUACUGCACACGGGACUCUGCUAGUGAACGACGUCCUGGCCUCCUGCUACGCUGUCCUGGAGAGUCACCAGUGGGCUCACCGUGCCUUCGCGCCCUUGCGUCUGCUCCACGCGCUAGGGGCUCUGCUACCGGGUGGGACCACCCAGUCCAUCGGUAUGCACUGGUACUCCCGCCUCCUCUACCGUCUGGCAGAGGAACUACUGGGCUGAGAGUUCUUGGGGGAGAGUCUGAGCACAGUCAGAGACCUGGCACAAGGAUGGAGACCGGAGGAAGUAGACGAAUAAGAAACAGCGAACCGAAAGAACCGAGAGAAGGACGGAGACAAAGGAAAAAAAGGGUUGGGUGAGGGGAGUUUGGCCAGGGGUCCUGGGAGGGAGAUAAGAAGGUGGGAGCAGUGUUUACCAUUCUCUCCUCAGUCCUCCACGGGUCCCAUUCAAUUUGUUUCAAUUCCACAAUCACUGAGCAUAUAUGUACUGUAUGCAGGGCACUUUAUUCGAUGGGGAGGGAGAGACAAAGAGAAAUGUGUUUGAGAGCGCUGACAACCACCUGCCCUGCUCUGAGUGCCCUCAGUCCUAGCCGAUAAUUUUAUUUUUCUAUUUAUUAAUGUUAAUAUAAUCUUCCAACUCCUGCCCCCUGUUCUUUGCCCCGUCCGUCAGACACCAGGAUACCCCGAUCAGUUCUAACACUGUCAAAAUCCUUUUUCUCCAUGUGAUCUAAUAAAAGGAAUAAUCUGGAUAGGA